ACAAGUUUUUAUCCACGAAUGUAAAACAAAAGAAGUGCUAUUUCUUCUAAUUUCCCCAAAAGAAAGAAAAUCCUUAUUUGAAUCACCGCCGCCGAACAGCGGCGCGAACUUCGAAGAAGAUGACCGGAGGUUCCCCUCCCAAAAACACCGCCGAUGUUACUAAUGCAUCUUACAAAUACGAUUUACAAAGCUAAAUCGCUCCAAUAUACUCUACCGAAUCCUGACAUACGAAAUCAUUUGAAAUAAUCGUGUAUUAGCAUUUAGUGAUGGAAGAGACGAACCGUAAGAGACGAUUCUGUUCUGCUUCCGGAGUUUGAUAUUCUCGAUCUCAUUGUUAAUCUCUUCCUCGCAAAAACUUUGAUCAUCCGAAAGUUUACCGGAUUUGAAUCAUCAACCAAUUUUGUGAUAGUUCAUGAUGGCAUGAGUUUGCAAUAGAUUUCGAGGACUCUGGAAAAAGCUUAGAACAAGUUGACAUUCAACUAGGGCGUUUUCGUUGCAUGGCCAAUUGACUCAGACAGUGGGAUGAUAUUUAUUGUUGGUGUUUAUUUUAAUAUGCGUACUGAAACUCGGCUGAAGAUUUAUCUGACUGAUUUGAUUUGCAUGUGCUAAAGUGCGAAUAUAAUUAAGUUUACUUUUGGAUGGUUGAUUUAAUAUGGCGAGUUGCAUAUUUGAAUUAUUUUAAUAACUUAAGCUUUUGGAUCAACGAAUGACUUUGUGUGUUAAAAGGUGUUUUGAUCCCGAGACUUUUGAACUAGAAAUGGCUUCAAGCGAGAAAACAUUCGGUUUGUUUAAGCUAUUUUUGGCUGUAAGAAAUAAGGGUGGUUACGAUGUUGUAUCGAGGAAGAAUUUGUGGGAUUUGGUAGCAGAAGAAUUUGGUUUAGGUUCAAUUAUCUCCUCAACUCUGAAAGUGUUGUACGUUAAGUACUUGAAUGUUUUAGAGAGAUUGCUUGAAAGGGCUGUUGAGGAUCGAGACUCCACAAAUAGUUGCAGCAGUACAGGAUCCGGAUCCAAUGGCUCGUCUCCGGAUAUUCAAAAUUUGAAGAAGAAUCAUGAUUUGCACGAAUCAAAAUUUUCGGACUGUGAUGAUACAAAUGUAAUUCUGAAGAUUGAUAGGGACAAGAAUAUUGCUGGUUGUGAGGGAACUCUUUGCCAAUUAAAUAAGUCCGAGUGGGACAUUCAUGACACAAACAACUUGUAUACAGCUGAAGACUCUAGCCUGGAAUUAGCAUCCAAUGUGGCCGAGAAAUCCCGUGGUCUAAACCUUCAAAAGGAUGAAAAUGCAUUUUUAGAUGGGGUAGGAAGCAAUGUCGAGCUCUCUUACGACGGCAGAACGUACGAUGGUCAUGAUCCUGAUGACAAAGAAGGAGUGAUCAUAGAUGCCAUCUCAAUUGAGGAACUUAAUUUUAGCCAUGAGAAAAAGUGUGAAUCCAUGUUAGGAAUGGUAAAUUGGAUCAAAGAAAUUGCAAAGAAUCCAUGUAACCCUGUUAUUGGUUUAUUACCUGAAAGUUCAAAGUGGAAGUCAAGUGGAAAUGAAGAGAUCUGGAAGCAAGUUCUGCUGAUUCGAGAGGCAACGUUGCUGAACAGACAUAUCAGUUCAUAUGCUGGACGGUCUGCUCUGCAGGGCAUACAUCCAUGCAUGUUCGAUGAUCAUCAAGACUCCAGUUACAAUCUAAGAAAGAGAGCAAGAUCUAGUAAAAUAUUUCCUUGUGGGAUGAGUCGUGGUCAAAGUCCUCUACGGACGACAGAAGACCAACUUGACCAAAAAGUUCUUGUAACAACUUAUCCCUUGAUGCCAGAUUACAUGGGAGAAUUUGCCUCAAAACAAAUACCUAUAGGACCAAAAUUUCAAGUUGAAGUACCAGAAUGGAGCGGUAUAACAUCUGAAAGCGACUCUAAGUGGUUGGGGAGCCUGGUUUGGCCAUUAAAUAAAAAGAAAAAAUCAUUUCGGCAUAAACACAAUCCCAUUGGGAAGGGAAGGGAUGAUUCAUGUAAUUGCCAAGUCCUUGGUUCCAUCGAAUGCAUUCAGUAUCAUAUUUUAAAGAAAAGAUACAAAGUUAAGAGGGAACUAGGCUCCGCAUUCUAUCACUGGAAAUUUGAUAAAAUGGGGGAGGAAGUGCGACUUCAUUGGACAGAGAAAGAGGAGCACAAGUUUAAGAGUGCUACGAGGUCGAGUUCUACAUCUUUUAAGCAGUCUUUCAGAACUCGUAUGUACAAGUAUUUCCCAUAUAAAACCAAAGAAGAUAUAGUUUGUUACUACUUUAAUGUCUUCUUAUUGCAUCAUAGAGCAUUUCAGAACAGAUUCACUCCCGAUAACAUUUGCAGUGAUGAUGAAUUGGAAUAUUUAUGUAGGAAGAGAAAACCUUGUUGGUAAUACCAGAAGGAGAUUUUGUUUUUUCUUUUCUUUUCUUUUCUUUUCUUUUUUUUAUUAGUUUCAUACACAUAUUUGUUUACUUAUGGUAAUGCAGUUCUUAAUCUAUACAUUUGUGAAGUAAAAACUAGAAGAGCUUUUUGUA